AUGAGUCAUAAUAUCGUAUACCCGUUUCUUCUGCUUUUUGUCUUGUUAACAUGUGCUAUAACUGUAUCAUCUGAUGAUUUGGAGGUGAAAGUCCUGCUCAAGUUCAAGGGUUAUCUCUCUAAUGCCACUGCGCUAGAUGAUUGGAAUAAGACAGAUACAUUGUGCAAUGGUAAUGAUUCUAACUGGAAAGGCCUGGUUUGUUACAAUGGUCAAUUUACAGGGCUACAACUCAAAGGCAUGGGGCUUGGGGGAACGAUCGACUUGGACUCCCUUGCUCAGUUACCGAUGCUGCUAACGCUAAGUGUCAUGAACAAUAACUUUGCCGGUCAAUUUCCAGGUGAUUUAAAAAAACUCAGUAGAUUAAGAGGCCUGUAUUUGGCUAACAACAGAUUCUCCGGUGAGAUUCCUGAUGAUGUUUUCUCCGGCAUGAAGUCGGUGAGAAGAGUGUUGAUGGGAAAUAAUGAGUUUACGAGUAAAAUUCCCAUGUCCCUUCUGGAAUUGCCAAGGCUUGCGGAAUUGCAGCUUCAGAACAAUCAGUUUGAAGGGAGGAUACCAGAUUUUUGGCAGGAAAAUUUGACAGUGAAUUUUGCUAAUAAUAAACUUGAAGGUCCUAUUCCAACUACACUUAGAAACCAGGAUAAAAGCUCAUUUUCAGGAAACAAUCUAUGUGGUGAACCUCUAGACAAAUGCACAAAGAAGUCUAUCCUGAAAAUAGCCCUCUUUGUCGCCAUCGCGGUUGCAGUUCCAUUAGCAUUCAUUGUUGCAUCUUCUUUCAUUUUCUCUCGAUGUCUAAAACCACAAGAACUCGAAAAAACUGCCGAAAUUUAUGAGAAGGAAUCAACCAUUUCUAAGGGUGAAAUCUCCAAGAACAAUGAACAAGGAGAGUUCUACUUUGUGAGAAAUGAUAGGGAAAGAUUUGAAUUGGAAGAACUUCUUAGAGCAUCUGCUGAAGUAUUGGGAAGUGGAAGUUUUGGGUCUUCUUACAAGGCUGUCCUUUAUAAUGGCCAAAGAUUUGUUGUUAAGAGGUUCAGACAAAUGAGCAGUUUAAGAAAAAAAGAAUUUUAUGAACACAUGAGAAAGCUAGGAAAGUUGUCUCAUCCUAAUCUGCUGCCUCUUGUGGCUUUCUACUACACAAAAGAAGAAAAACUUUUGGUAUCUGAUUUUGCUGAACAUGGCAGCUUGGCCAGUCACCUCCAUGGUAAACAAAGUCCUCAACAACUAGCUCUUGACUGGCCAACCCGCUUAAAGAUCAUAAAAGGUGUAGCUAAGGGAUUGGCCUAUCUUCACAAAGAGCUCCCUACUCUAACCCUACCUCAUGGUCAUCUAAAGUCAUCCAAUGUUCUGCUAAACAACACAUAUGAACCCCUUCUAGCUGAUUAUGCCCUAGCACCAGUGAUCAACAAGGAGCAUGCCCAACAGUUUAUGGUAGCCUAUAAAUCACCAGAGUCGACACAAAAUGAAAGUUUAACUAGAAAGACUGAUGCGUGGAAUCUUGGGAUUUUGAUACUAGAGUUGCUCACCGGCAGGUUUCCGACGAAUUAUCUAAAACAAGGGAGAGGAGACAAUGCUGAUUUGGCUGCAUGGAUUAAGUCUGUUAUAAGAGAAGAGUGGACUGGUGAGGUGUUCGACAAAGAAAUGAAUCCGACCCGGAACGGGGAAAGUCAGAUGAUGAGGCUUCUGAAAAUUGGGAUGUGUUGCUGUGAAUGGGAUGUGGAGAAAAGGUGGGAUUUGAAUGAAGCUGUCGAGAAAAUUGGAGAGUUAAAGGAAAGGGAUUGGGAUGACGACUUCUCUUCAUAUGCUAGUGAAGGAGAUAUGGAUUCCAGGGCUAUCACUAACGAGGGAUUUGCAUUCUCUGUGACUGGACAGUGA